AUGCGGCUUACACUUGACAUGAUUCGUCGAGCUCCGCAGUUCACCAACACACUGCAGCAGCGCGAGAUUGACCUCCGUGGUCUUGGUUUGACUGUUCUAGACGAACAAACACUUCUACUGCUUAAUGACAGCUUCGAUGUGCUGAAUCUCUCGCAGAAUCCUCUUGUUCGCCUAGAAUACUUCCCUAGUGGUAGCAGUAGUGUUAUAUCAACUGGAGGAAGUGGGACAGUAGAGGCAAUGAAGAAAAUGAUGUUGCGUCUGCAAUCUCUUAUUGUGCACCGAAACCGUUUGUCACAUGUGAGUGAGACAACCUGUGCAGCGGUAUUACCGAAUUUGCGUGCCUUUUUAGCUGACCACAAUGAAUUCCGUGAGCUUCGUGAUCUAUUGUUCCUCUCACACUGGCGUGAGUUGGAGAUUCUUUCAAUUGAGCACAAUCCUGUCACUGUACAAGAAGAUGGGGCACGACUUCGAGCGUUUCUUGUCUAUCUGUGUCCGAAAUUAAAAUUGAUUAACUAUCAGCGUGUGACACAAGUGGAUAGAGGUAAUGUAGAAUCUAUGCGGAGUGAAUUUCGUAAACUUGUGAGGGAAUGGCGUAAUCCUGGACAACAAAGACACUCAGAAACCACGAAUGGCAUUACUCACGGUGCUAAUGGUGCUACCACAGAGAGUGCUGAAAGUGGAUUGGUGGGUGAGAAGAAAAUACGAAAACGUGGACGUGAGGCUCGUAUGGCUGCCGCAUCCAACAACACUAUUAAAGGUGACAGUAGCCAUAUCACUAGUGGUACACAUGAUGCGAUGUCAGCAACCGCAGUCACUGCCGCCUCUUCUCAGAGUGCCACAGUUCACACGACUGCGCAUAGUGAUAGUAUCUGUGAUGAUGUGGAUGCGACCCAAGCGCGGCUGGAGGCGCUGGAGGCGAAAAUGGCCGCCGCCGAGACGGAGGAGGAGUUGUUGGAAGUCCAGCAGGAGAUCGCAGAGCUCGAGGCAGCCACUCGGCGGCAACAGGAGCGAGCCACAAAGUCUAAACGAACCCGCACGGCGUGA